AAGAGGUUAACUUUCUUCUCUUUGACUACAGGAAAAAGUUGACAGUGUUGAUUGGAGAAAAUUCUCUUAUGAAAAUUAUGAAUCUACAGAAGCAAGCAUUAGAACAAAUUACUAUGGAGCCAAAUUAAUGUGUGAAGCAUUUAUUCCCCUUCUAGAAUUGUCAGACUCACCAAGUAUUGUUAAUGUUUCCUCCACCUUUGGGAACUUGGAGAGCAUACCAAAUGAAUGGGCUAGAGGAGUCCUAAGUGAUGUUGAAAGCUUAACAGAAGAAAACGUGGAUGAAGUUGUGAAAAAGUUUCUGAAUGAUUUUAAAGAGGGUUCAUCAGAAACCAAUGGGUGGCCACCUGAGCUUUCUGCAUAUAUAGUCUCAAAAGCUGCUUUGACUGCGUACACAAGAGCUCUUGCCAAGAAGUACCCAUCUUUGGGGAUCAAUGCUGUUUGCCCUGGCUAUGUGAAAACAGAUCUCAACCUCAAUAGUGGCUAUCUUGGUGUUGAUGAAGGUGCUGAAAGUGUAGUAAGGUUGGCUCUGCUACCUAAUGGAGGUCCUUCUGGUCUCUUCUUUUCUCGAAGUGAAGUUGCAUCAGUUUGACAAAAGGUUUGUUGUGUACUAGAAGAUAAUGAAUAAAUAACAAGCUAUGUGUCAUGACACAUAUCUACACAUCAUUGCUGAGAACAACCCUACAGUGAAUUGCAGACAUUACAGGAUUAUGUUGCCAAUAGUGGUGAACUACAGCCAAUAGUGGUGAACUACAUGACUCUUAGACACACUGUGUUGUUUGUUAAAUAAUUAUGAUCAGUUUAUGGAAGAGUUGAAUUGUCUUUACUGCAAGCCAAUAUAUGGCUUACUUACCUAUCUGUAUGCUUAUAAAUUUGUAAAGAUGGUAUAUUUGUA